AAAAAAUGCCAAGAAAUGACAUCUCUUAAAGAAGGCCUGGAGAUUGUCUACUUGAUAGUGCUUCUGUUUGGAGUCCUGGAGAACACAUUCCUUCUUUAUCUAUAUAGCCUUAAUUUUAUCACUGGUCACAGAAAAAGACCUAUAAGUCUGAUAAUCAUCAAUUUGGCCUUUGCUCAUAUUUUGAUGAUACUUUUCAGAGGUAUCCCCAUGAUAAUAAACAAUUGGGGAUGGAGACUUUUCCUAGAAGACACAAUGGAUAAAAUCUUAACUUACAUUAUAAGAGUGACUCGGGGCAUUUCUCUUUGCAACACCUGUCUUCUGAGUAUCUUCCAGGCCAUCACCAUCAGUCCCAGCAAUGUAAAAUGGACAAAGAUAAAAAAGAGAAGCCCAAAGUAUAUUCUUCCCUGCUGCCUCCUGAGCUGGAUUUUCAAUUUUCUGCUGGAUAUUAUUGGGCCUCUGAAUGUGAGUAGUUUCAGGAAUUGCACUGAGGAAAGAUGGAGCAUUGGACAUACUUCUUUUGGCUUGCAUGCCAUAAAUAUCAUAAAAAUUUUAAUUUGGGAAUCAGUUGUUGAUGCUCUAUUUAUGAGUCUCAUGAUCUGGUCAAGUGGUUAUAUGGUGCUUGUCCUGCACAGACACAACCAGCAAGUCCAACAUAUUCACAACAUCAGCCUCUCCCCUAGAAUCUCCCCUGAGAUCAGGGCCACCAAAGCCAUCCUGAUGCUGGUGGUCACCUUUGUCUGCUUUAACUCAGCCAGUUCCCCUUUUAUAAUUUAUAUUUCUUCUGCUAGAAUAACCAGACACUGGGCACUACGUUUCACUGUCACACUUUCAUUGUUUUACCCAAUAGUCAGCCCUUUGAUGCUGAUCGGCAUUGAUACCCAGAUACCCAAAUCUUUUGGUACUCUUUUAGCUUUGAAGAUGUCCUUUCAGUGA